UGAUAAACUGUCCGUCCAGACUGGAGUUCCUGUCACCAGCAGCGCCCAUCAGAAUGGAGGGUCUUCUAGUAGCGCCUCCCUGCGGUACUCGAACAGUCUGCACGGGGGAGCUCCACUCUAGUCACUAUUCUGCGGCUUGUUGAGGACGCUUAGGUAAAGAGAAUUAAACCUUCGCUCUAUUCCUAGCCCACCAAUCAAAUCGCAGGCAUAAAACGGCCAUUUGUCCUCUUAACCAAUCAGCAUAUGUUUAUCAGGUCCACCGGGAAGAAUAGAUUAGAACUGCAGUGUCAUUGGGUAACGGUGUAAAGACUGUCAAAUGACUGAGGAGGUGGGCGGGACCGGGGCGCUGGGCGACACAAGCCCCGCCCCCAGCGGUUUGUAUACACUGUACGGAGCCGUUGCACAUCGCAGGUCCAAGGACGCAGCACAACAGUAAUAGAAAAUAACCGGUUGUAGCCUCUGAGCGCACUGAACUUCUCUGCAGUCCCGGUCCGGCUAUGAUGUCCAUUUAGGAGCAGCUAUUACCAAUCCCGGCGACUAAAAUGGACUCUCUGCUGAAGGACAGUUACCUGGCCACCUUCUGUUCCCCUCCCAAUUCUGUUCCCAUUGCAGACCUUCUGGAGUCCAAGUCUUCAUCUUCAAGAAAACUGAUAUGCACAAUAAAGCCCAACAGUCCUCAUUCAUAUGAUAUUCUAGAAGCCCCAAAUAGCACAGCUCUUGUUUCUGCACUGAAGACUCUUCAGGAGAAGAUUUCCAGGCUAGAACUAGAGAAGUCUACAGCCCAGAACCACGGAACAAGCUUGCCUAUGGAGACAGCAGAAUGUAAGAAGGUUUGGUUUAGCAAAGAGAAGACUGACUCGCCUCAGCUUGAAGCUGGGAGACAAAAAAGUGAUGUCAUAAGCCAGCUAAAUGCUGCUGAGGAACGUUGCUCACUUCUUGAGAAGCAGCUAAACUACAUGAGAAAAAUGGUUCUACAUGCAGAAGUGGAUAAGAACACCAUUAUGGAUCAGCAGACUUUUCUCAAGCGUGAUAAUAUACAGGACAAGCUGGAAAAGCUUGAAUUAUUAGAGAAAGAAUGUUUCCGACUCACGGCCACUCAGCAGAUUGCAGAGAGUAAAAUUCAUCAGCUAGAGGAAAAAUUACAUGCGGAGGAACAGCAUCGAAAAUUAAUGCACGAGAAAGUACUGCAGCUGGAAACUGGUCCUGAAGUGAAUACCAUACUUUCAUCAGCAUCUGCAGAAAAUGCUUUCCAAAGGAAGGUAAAGGAAAAAAAGCCAUAUCAAGUAAGAAAGUGUUCAACAUGCCUAAUCUUUUGGUGGUGCUGCCAGAUACAUCUCUACAUGGUUGACUACGGAAUUCACUGGAAGAAACCUGCUGCAAGUAAAAGUAGUACUUCUGAACAAAAGGCUUCUGUGAAGGCAGGGGACCUACCGUUUGUAGCAGGAAAGUCUACCAGUACAAGCCAUUCGCUCAGUGCAAAUGUUCAGAGUGUUCUUCACAUGAUGAAACAUCGAAGUCAGAGCCCAGCAGUUGCACAGCAACGCUCCAGAUCUGCAGGACACAAGCCAUGUUCUAGGAGUCUAGGAGUUAACAGAACUUCAGCAACCUAUACUGCGUGCUCUUCUGGGGACAGUUUGACUGAUUUACUGCUGGAUCUUCAAGGAGAGCUAGAGGAAAUGAGUUUUGACCAUCAAGAGCUCCUGAAACAGAUAAAUGAUACAAAGGACAAUGAUUUACGUGAAGAUUUAGAGCGUGAACUGGAUUGCCUUGUCAAACAAAUGGAAACUAAAAGUGAUCAAAUACUCAAACUCAGAAGGCAUCAAGAAAAUGUUAUAAGACUUAAGAAAGCAGCUCGGUCAAUGAAGAAACUCUCCUCUAAUGCUAGACGAGCUCUCGCAGGAGAGCCUUGCAGAGCAGACAAACCUGCUACCCCAAGAAGGAAAGAAAUUCCAGCUACUCCAAUGAAGAAGGGAGAAACUCUGCCAAGAAGUACUCCAACCCCUAACGGCAAAGCCUCCCUACAACUGUUGAAAAAUGUGCAAAAGAUUCAGAUGACCCUAAAGAAAGAUGACAUCAUGUGGGAAAAAUGAUUUUUUUUUUAGUGUUCACAGCCUUUUAUUUGUAUGUGUGUGUAUGUGAGUGUUUAUAUAUUGUUUACAUUCUUACUCCUAUUUAUUCCCAGUGAUUUUGAAUGUCUAUGUAUUUUUAAUAUUUUAAAUAAAGAUUUGUAAUUUUG